CAUAGGCGGCUCAGGCACCAAGAUGUCCAACCGAGUGCUCUGCCGGGAGGCCAGCCACGCCGGCAGCUGGUACACAGCCUCAGGAAUAUUUCAAAGAGACUGGGGGAGAAGAGGGAUCAGAUGGAUGACAAUUCAGUGUUGGGAGAGAAUUAAAAACCUCAAUGAUACCUACUGCAAGGCGAAGGACACCAAUUGAAUGUCCUGCAGUUCCUCAUUUACCUGCCCCUACUAUGAGGUUUUUGACCAGAUGUUCAAUGCUGUUGUGAGUAUAGAGCCCAGUGCCAGGCUUGAUGGGCUUUUUGAAGUGGAAUGGUCUGAUAUUUAGACUGGGGGUAGAGGAGACCGUCGUGGCAGAAGACCUGGAGCAGACCGCAUGGCCAGAGUUACUGGAGGAUGUCCUUUUGCUGGAUUCCAUGGACCUGUUCAAGGAUCUACCCAAGGAAUGGAAUGUGGAGGAAGCAGAGUCAGAGGUGGAGACACAGUCAGGACCCCAGCUGAACGCACAACUAGAAGGUUGGCUUUCUCAAGUACAAUCUACAAAAAGACCUGCUAGAGCCAUUAUUGCACCUCAUGCUGGUUAUACCUACUGUGGGUCAUGUGCAGCCCAUGCUUACAAACAAGUGGAUCCUACUAUUACCCGGAAAAUUUUCAUUCUUGGGCCUUCCCAUCAUGUGCCCCUUUCUCGAUGUGCACUUUCCAGUGUGGAGAUAUAUAGAACACCUCUGUAUGAUCUUCGAAUUGAUCAAAAGAUUUAUGGAGAAUUGUGGAAGACUGGAAUGUUUGAGCGUAUGUCUCUUCAGACCGAUGAAGAUGAACACAGUAUUGAAAUGCAUUUGCCUUAUACUGCUAAAGCCAUGGAAAGCCAUAAGGAUGAGUUUACCAUUGUUCCAGUAUUGGUUGGAGCACUGAGUGAGUCAAAAGAACAGGAAUUUGGAAAACUCUUCAGUAAAUACCUAGCAGAUCCUAGUAAUCUCUUUGUGGUUUCUUCUGACUUCUGCCAUUGGGGUCAAAGGUUCCGUUACAGUUACUAUGAUGAAUCUCAAGGAGAGAUUUACAGAUCCAUUGAGCACUUAGAUAAAAUGGGUAUGAGCAUUAUAGAGCAGCUAGAUCCUGUAUCUUUUAGCAAUUACUUGAAGAAAUACCAUAAUACAAUAUGUGGAAGACAUCCCAUUGGGGUAUUAUUAAAUGCUAUAACAGAGCUCCAGAAGAAUGGAAUGAAUAUGAGCUUUUCAUUUUUGAAUUAUGCCCAGUCAAGCCAGUGUCGAAACUGGCAAGACAGCUCAGUGAGUUAUGCUGCUGGAGCACUAAUGGUCCACUGAACCUCCGAACACUCAGGGAUGCCACCUGCACUCAUACUAUGUACGGGGUCCCAGCCUAGCCCUUACAAAGAUACAGUUCCUGGUCUUCGGGUAUACUGAAACCUCAAACUAAUAGAACUCUCUUCUUUUCUAGUAGGUGUAGUCCUUGCUUAGUUUCAACUCAUUUAAAAAUGCUUUCUUGUUAAACCAAUGGAAGGAAGGCUUGUGUCAAAACAUUGUGAUUUAAAAAAAAA